AAGGAGGAAUUCUGGGAAAAAGAUUAGUUUUCAUUGGGAUCAAUUUGUGGAAUGUGUUGGUAACGUUAAAGAGGUUUGUAAAACUUAUCAAGAGUUGGGUGUCGUUAAAAAUUUUGGUUAUAUUUCGAAUUUGCAUAUGUUAGUAAAGGAUCAAGUUUUUGGUACAGUAAAGGCUGCUAAUUAA